AUGCCUUCAGGUUUUCAGUUUUUCUUUCAACAAUCUUUCAGCCCUUCUUUCAGUUUUUCCUUCAGGUUUUCAGUUUUUCUUUCAACAAUCUUUCAGCCCUUCUUUCAGUUUUUCCUUCAGGUUUUCAGUUUUUCUUUCAACAAUCUUUCAGCCCUUCUUUCAGUUUUUCCUUCAGGUUUUGAGUUUUUCUUUCAACAAUCUUUUUCCUUCUUUCAGUUUUUCCUUCAGCCCUUCUUUCAGUUUUUCCUUCAGGUUUUCAGUUUUUCUUUCAACAAUCUUUCAGCCCUUCUUUCAGUUUUUCCUUCAGGUUUUCAGUUUUUCUUUCAACAAUCUUUCAGCGCUUCUUUCAGUCUUUCCUUCAGUUUUUCAGUUUUUCUUUCAACAAUCUUUCAGCGUUUCUUUCAGUCUUUCCUUCAGGUUUUCAGUUUUUCUUCAUUCUUGCAGUGUUUCUGGCUUUUUUCAUCUUUUUUGUUUUCCAUUCGAUUCUUUUUAAUCUUCUUUUCUUUCGAUUUAUUUUUCUUUUUUUCUUUUUCUUUCUUUCUAUGUUUCUUUCGAUUUCUUCAUCUUUCUCUAUUCAUGCGUCCUGGGUAA